CAGGAAACGUCCUGGCAACAGCAGCUGACCGCGGUGGGUUGUCCCAGCCCAUGGGGGCCUCCUCCCAGACGGGCCUCCGACGGACGCCAGGUGCACGGAGUCCGCGCUGCCCUCGCUCAGGCCUCCCUGCAGCACCUGGGACUCCCGCCUCGCCGGCCACUGCUCAGCAGGCAGCGGGCAGAGCGGCUGCCGGCGUUGACCUGGGGUCCAGGUGCUGGUUCCGAGCCCUCCUCCGCCUACACGUACGAGGGCCCUUAGCCAAUCCUUUAGCUUCAGCCAGCUCAUCCUUCACAUGGUAACAAUAACGCUCCCUCAGGGUGAGACGGCCACGUUAGGUGAGAUGGCCGAGGUACGGUGCUCAGCAGGCUUCCCAGGAGGACGGCCUGUAACCAGGCCAGUUCCCUUCCUCUUCACCCUGGGGCUCUUCGGGGCUCUCGGCGGGGUGGGGGGGGGGGGCGCCCGCCUCGCUCCAUGCGCUCUCGGGGCAGAUGCGUUCUCACCGCCUCACCCGCUCCCACUGGCUCCCGGCUCUUCACCCUCAGCACCAGUCACCCGCAACAUCUCCACCUGGGCGCUGUAAGGGCAUCUCACCGUCCGGAGGCCGGAAUUCCAGCAGAAGAGUGCAGAGCCCGCCCCCGCCCCCACCCCUCCAUUCUGGGUCUUCCCCACUGCUCAUCCCUCCCAGGCCUCCCUGACCCUCCCUAUCCAAAGAACAUCCAACUUUCCCUCAACCCUUUUCUCUUACUCUGCUUUAUGACCCUUUCAGAGCAUUUCACUACUAGGCUUACGUGUGUGAUUGUAUAUUUGAUAAUGAUCGUUUUUGUUGGCUGUAAAUUCCAUGAGGGCAGGGACUUGGCCUCUCGCGGUCCCCAUUCCCCAGAACCUAAAACACUACGCAUACAGCACAGGGACUCAGGCAGUGCUUGUUCCUUGAAUGAAUGACUCCACAAACCUCCUCAUCCUCUCCUGCCCCCAGGUCGAGUGAAUGGCACCACCCCAUAAGCAGAAACCUGCUGUUGCCCUUGGUUUUUCCCUGUUCUUCCUCUCACCCAAAUCCAUGUUACCAGGUGCUACAAAUCCCCCCUGAACGGUUACUGAAUCAGCCUACGUCUCCAUUCACGUGGCCCUUACCUAGCUCAGGGUACCUCCCUCCCUCUCCUGCACCAGCCCCUUCUCUCCACCCACCCACCCCACGGCCCCCUAGUCCAUUCUCUACUCUCCUGCCAAACAGCAGGUUUCCCCUGAGGUGCAUGUAAGCCACAGGAAGCAGGCCUUCGUGCUGCCUUCAGGACCUUCGCCUAGUCCUUCCCCUCCCACCCCUUGGUAUGACACCCUCUGGGCUCAUCUUAGGCACCUGUCCCUCCCAAAGUAUUCCUCCUGUUUUAGGCUGUGACAGCAUUUAUCACGCUGGACUGUCACUGCCCAGAGGACCGCCCUGUGUCCCCGCGCAGUCUGCAGGCUGGAAAUACCGUGGCCAACACACCUCUCAGAAUUACUAGAAAUUGACCUUCCCUCUCUGAGCAUGUUGCCUUAUCUGUAAAACGAGAUACCGAUAGUCUGUGAUUAUGGUGGGGAUUGAAUAAGAUUUUUUAAAACAGCAGGUACAGCCUACGCUGAGUGCAAAAUGAAAUGGGAGCUUUAAAAAAGAACUUCUGAGAGCUGCAGCUGUUCCUUGCAAACUGCAGGACACAGACCCAGCCCACGACCGCAGUCUGUGUAGUAUUUUUCAGGCCGCACUGAACACGGGACCUGCAGGCGGCGGAGCGGACUGUGUUCACGGAACAGAACCUAGAACUGGGGCGACGGGCUGAGGCCCAGCGGUGACAGGCCGCUCCUAGCGGCUCCCGGGCGCCCAGCGCCCGGAGCUGCACCGGGGUGCCGGGUACCAUGGUUCCGGGGUGCGGAGGUUCCGGGGUCUCCAGGUCCCGGAAUCCCGCGGUCCAAAGUGCCGGAACGCGACCCAAAGCCAGCCCUGACCGGCGGCCCUCGCGCUGCCGGUCCCGCCCCCGGCUGAGACGCUCCGUCAAAGCCCAUUGGUCGGCGGCCUGUGCGCCCUGCUCACGUGAUGCGCCACGGGACGCUGCACGUGACGCGACCCGGAAGCCGGCGUUGCUGCGGGCUUUUCUCCCGGAGUCGCCAGCGUGCGGAGUGUGAGGGCUGCUCUCCGGACUGCGGCGGCGGCGGCGGCGGCGGCGGCGGCGGCGGCGGCAGGAUGUUCACGACGGGGGCGGAGAGUCUGCUCCUCCAGGCCAGCCUUCAGGUAAGAACAGGAAACCCAAGCCGCCGCCCGGGACCCCCAGCCCACGUGGUUCUCGGACCUUCUCCUCAGCCCCACAGCCUGGGGACGUGCCGUCUCUCUCAGGGAGAUCAGGGACGAGGAGCUGGGGAAGCUCUGUACCCGGGUCUGUGCGCUGCUGCGGAAGGAGGACUGGGGUCCCGACGCCCUGGACGCCCUGCGGAGGCUCUUCCUCAUCGUCUCGGCCACAAAAUACAGCAGGAGCUCCAGCUCCUCUGCGCCGCUGUCCUGAGAGAGAUGGCACCCUCCGACAGCCUGAGCCUCUCCUGCGACCACAUCCAGAACACGCGGCAGCUGGGCCUCGUGGCCUCUGUGCUCUUGGCCCAGGGUGACCAGCAGCAGGUCAGGAGCUUGGGCCAGCGCGUCCUCAAGGUCCUGGAGAGCCGGCAGCCCGAGGGGCCCAGCCUGAGGCACCUCCUCCCUGUCGUGUCCAAGGUCACCAGCCUGGCCCCGGACGCCCUCCACGAAGAGCAGACCAGGGCGCUCAGCAAGCGGCUGGGGGACUGGCUCCGCUACGCCAGCGUCCAGCAGGGGGUCGCCCACUCCUCCGGGGGCUUCUUCUCCACGCCCAGAGCCCGGCAGCUGGGCCCUGUCACCGAGGUGGACGGGGCAGUGGCCACGGACUUCUUCACCGUGCUGUCCACGGGCCAGCGCUUCACGGAGGACCAGUGGCUGAACGUGCAGGCCUUCUCCAUGCUGCGGGCCUGGCUGCUGGACAGCGAGCCUGGGGCCUCCGGCGCCCCGGAUGCAGACGACAAGUCGGAGCUGGAAGGCUCCACCCGGUCCGUGCUCUCGGCCACGUCCACCGCCAGCCACCUGCUGCCGCCCCAGGAGUGGCUGCGGGAGAAGGCCUUCGAGUACUGCCAGCGCCUGCUUGAGCAGAGUAACCGGCGAGCCCUGAGGAAGGCAGACUCAGACCUGCAGAAAGCAUGUCUGGUGGAGGCCGUGCUGGUGCUGGACGUGCUCUGCCGGCAGGACCCCUCCUUCCUCUACCGCACCCUCUCCUGCCUGAAGGCCCUGCACACGCGCCUGCGUGGGGACCCGGCCUGGGUGCGGGCGCUGCUGCCCGUGGCCCAGUUCUUCCUGCACCACGGGGAGGCGGCCGCAGUGGACGCAGAAGCCGUCUACCAGCACCUCUUCACCAGGAUCCCCGCUGAACAUUUCCACAGCCCGAUGCUGGCCUUCGAGUUCGUCCAGUUCUGCAGGGACAGCCUGCCUCUGUUCGGCAGAAACCUUGGCGUUCUCAGGACAAGCUUCCCCAACCUCUUCAAGUUCCUGGCUUGGAACAGCCCGCCCCUCACCUCCGACUUUGUGGCGCUCCUCCCGUCCCUGGUCGACGCGGGGACGGCCGUGGAGAUGCUCCACCUGCUGCUGGACCUGCCUUGUCUGACCGCAGCCUUGGACCUGCAGCUCAGGUCGCUGCAGGCCGCAUCCGAGAGGCCGCCCUGGGACAUCUCCAUCAGGGCCCCCGGCUGCCUGGAGGCCUUCCGGGACUCGCAGGCCCAGGGUCUCUUCCAGCACCUGCUGCGUGCCCAGGCCAGCGGGACCGUGGAGAGGUUGACGCCGCUCUACCGGCUGCUGCAGCCCCUGGCCGGCUGUGCCCGGGUGGUCCAGUGUGCCGAGGCCGUGCCCACCCUGCUCCGGGCGUUCUUCUCGGCGGUGACACAGAUUGCUGACGGGGCCCUGGCCAGCCAGCUGGCGCUGCUGCUCCUGGAGCGAAGUGACUCGCUUUACCAGGUUCCGGGGUACGAAGCCGGUGUGCACAGGGUGCUGAGCUCCCAGUUCCCGGCCUUGUGCAAGCUGCAUCCCCCGCUGGUGGUCGAGCAUGCGAAGGAGCUGCUGGAGUUUGUGGGCGGCCCCCGUGGUGGCGGGCACGUGCUCACGUCCGUGGUGUGGGCCAUCGGCGAGUACCUGUCGGUGUCCUGGGACCGGCGGUGCACCGUGGAGCAGAUCAACAACUUUUUCGAAGCCCUGGAGGCCCUGCUCUUUGAGGUCACCCAGUCGCGGCCCUCCACCACCCUUCCCAAGUGUCCUCCGCAGGUCAUCACCGUGCUCAUGACCACACUGACCAAGCUGGCCUCCCGGAGCCAAGACCUGAUUCCCAGGGUCUCCCUGCUCCUGUCAAAGAUGAGGAGCCUGGCCCAGAGCCCAGCCACGGGCUCCAUGCCUGGUGAGGAGGACGCGGGAGCCGUCCGCACGCGGGCCACCGAGCUGCUGAACCUGCUCAAGAUGCCCAGCGUGGCCCAGUUCGUGUUCACGCCCAGCGUGGAGGUGUCCGAGCCCCGCUAUCACCGUGACACCAACACGGCCCUGCCCCUGGUCCUGCGCACGGUCAGCCGGCUGGUGGAGAGGGAGGCGGGCCUCCUGCCAGGGUGAAGGGACCAGGUAGACGCCGGGCCGGGCUGCGGGUUGGGAGCCUGGUAUUACCAGCCGUGGCUUCAGUGGUCAGGGAGGCUGUCACAGUCUCAGCCUUUGGCCUCUGUCUUUAUCUUAACCCCUUUCUCUCGUGACCACAGUGAGCUGUGUGGUGACACAGCACUGAUUCUCGGCUUCAGCCCAUCUUGGGACGGGGUGGAAGCUGCUUGGUUUGUGUCUUGCUGGUCCUUGUUUGGGGGCAAGAAGAGAGACGGCGAAAAUAAAUCUCCUUUGCAAAA